UCGCGGGCUCAAUCUACGAAGGGAAAAAUGUGAGAGAGCGCCAAUUUUUGUUUAUAAAAGUUCGUCGCUAAGCAGGAAUAUUUCUUCGACAUGGUGAUGUACGUAGUUCAUACGCAUAAUGUACGACAAAAAUACAAGACUCACAUUUGUAGCAGAGCGACUCUUUUCCAAUUCUUUGUCAUAAUUUUGACUUUUAUACCACCCCUGAUUAUUGCCUAUGUCACGCACGGUUUCUGGCUCAAGGAAAGUUCUUUCAGAGAGCAACCCGAUGUUCGUUUUAAACACGAACUGCUUGUCGUUCUUCAAGGAAAUACCCCAGGUUCAUUUAUGGCCUACAGUACGUUUCAAAACUUUAACCAUCUUCUGCAGGAAAAGCUUAGAAUUCCACUCAUAAAGUCUUGGGAAACAGAUGGUAACCUGGAUGGAAAGUAUGACAGCCUUCACUUCAAUAUUGAGAUACCCCUGUCAGACUCUGAGGCAAUACAUUCUGUACAACUGCUGCUGAUAUUUGAUUACAAACUUUAUAAAUAUGUCAGACUUCAGAUGGAGAGCAUGGCCUACAUCCAUCACUCAUCUCCUCUAGCUGGUGCAGAGUUUUCAACAGUUGGAAAACUGAUUCUUCAGCAGUCAGGACCCUUACCUUACAAAGGACAACAUGUCUUAUAUAACGUACCAGUUAUUGAUGGUUCAAGUUCUAAUGUUGAUGCUUAUAAAUUGUAUGACAUAUUUACUGCAUACACCCAACGUAAUGUCACCACAGAAUAUGUGUCAUUCCAUCCUGUGUGGACAACUGGUAGAGCAGCUGGGCAGCCAUUUGUCAUAAAAGGAACUGUUUAUUACCCAGAGGAGACAAUCAUAUACCGUCCAGGAUUUUGGCAGCUCAUCAAGAUGGCUUGGAUCCAGUACUUGGCUAUUCUGUUCAUAUUUCUCUUUUUGUUUCAUAGAGUCAAGAGAUUUGUGUUUGAAAACCAAGUGGUGACUACAGUUCCUAUGAAGAUAGAAAAAGAGCACUUAGACUGAUAAUCCAGGCAUAAAAGGGGGCCAGCUGCUAAAGAUGAUGAAAGAGCCAGGGUCUGGAGAAAAGGCGUUAAUAGCAAAGGAGAAGUUGAAGGACAAGGAAUGAAGGUAGGAGUCUCCAAGGGACAGAGGCGCAAGACAUCAAGAAACGAAUCAUACACGGUUAAGUCUCUAUGAGACAAGCUAUUAAGGAACAAGUCAUUGUUGAAAGCUACUAGUCUGAUAACAGUAAACAAAUAGUUUUGAUAAGAGCUUUAAACAUUGGGAGAAGUCAAGCGGGUAUUGUAAUACAGCCAAAAGAGACUGAAAAAGGAAACUCGCACAGGCAUCAACAAGGCGUAUAGAGCCUGAUAUACAGAUAUACACAGAACAGGCAUUUUUUUGUGUUAACACUUUUGUCGUAGUCCAAAAAAUAGCUGAUAACUGCUCCUAAACCAUGCACCAUAUGUGCUAAAACCGGAACAUGCGGGAACUCCGCGGAAUUUCAAAAAGAUGAAAUAACCAUAAAAUUUGAAAAAUAGUUUACUUUUUUCAAUUUUGAAAAAAUGAUAAAAAAUAGUAAAACUCAAUCUGUAUAUAGCCCGUGCACUUUUUGAGUUAAGUCUGUCACCCUGGUUUUCGGUUACCACUAGAGACAGCGGAUUGCAAUUUCAAACGACACGAACGUAAACCCACCAUUUUCCAUGUUAGGAACGGGGUUACUGGUUAGCGAAAACCACGAUGGUGGACUUGAGGCACGAAGAGCGCGAGCUACACACAAAUUGACUUUUUAUAUAUAUAAUGUAUGUAUAAACUACUUUAUCAAUCUUUUUUUUACUUUUUUUUUUUUAAAAUUUCGCGGUGUUCCGACAUGUUACGGUGUAUUGGAUUUUAGCUCAUGCCAUCAUGCACAGACGUCUGUCGACAGAACUAUCAAAAGAAGGAACUUUUUCUUCAAAUGACAAAUUUCUGUAGGUAGCUUCAUGGAGAAAUGUCGUAAGGAGACGCAUGUCCUUACUGCUUAGGAUCCUCGCCCCACAUAAUUCUUAACGCUACCUUGUGCUGUUUGUUUUCUUUUUUGCAUAGUAGCGGAACUAUCGUUCCAUCUUUACAUCUCGUCAGUGUGUAGCGUUGUAGAGCAUACUUAGGCGUACAAAAUAAGGUCAAAUGAAGGAUAUUUUAUUUCGCUAAAAUCUUGCAUCGUAUUAAUGUACAUAAUUUUUUUAAAAAUAACGGUGUAGCAUUUUUAAUAAACAUUCUCCACAUCGUAUUUCGCUCUUCAAGAUGUAUAUGUUAGUUGCUACUUUUAAAUUGCACGCUUCUUUGAAGCCAUGAGGUAGAUGCGAAGUAGGUCGUUGAUAAUUUAUUUCUUUUUAAUUUAUGCGGUCUUAUUUCUGUUUUUAUCGAUAUUUCUCAAGAGUUGUAAACAGGUAUUAAAUUAUUGAAACUCUU